AUGGAUCCCGUCGCAACCACCAAGGCCGAGGCGGAUGCUCAUUUGGAAACUCUUCGUCAAAAGAGGGGCGUUGGUAGAGGACAAGAAGAGGAUGUUUCGGAUCAACUCUACAAAGCUUCAACACAUUUCAUUCUCGAAUUAAUCCAGAAUGCAGAUGAUAACCAGUAUGAUUCUGAGAUUGUGCCCAGUCUGCGACUGGCAUUGUACAAUAAUGAAGGUCAGGGAUAUUUCCGGUCUGACUGUAACGAAGUUGGCUUCACAUUCAAGCAACUUGACGCUCUAACACGAGUCGGUCAAAGUACCAAGACCGCCACCAUCAACAACUCAAAGUCGUACAUCGGUGAAAAGGGCAUCGGAUUCAAGUCCGUGUUCAAGGUAGCUGAUGUGGUCCAUGUCGCAAGUGGGCUUUAUGAAUUCAAGUUUGACCGCAAUGCUCGCAUCGGAAUGAUUCUUCCCAUUUCCUCAAAGUUUCCUACCGCAGAACGCGUAGUCGACCAUACGCAGUUCCUACUUGAGUUGAAAAGUCAACGCGACUACGAUAUCAUCAAGAAGGAGCUAAACAGUAUCGAGCCAGACCUGCUGCUGUUUUUACGAAAUCUGGACCAGGUCCAUAUAUCGAUCCGCGGCGUGAACAAGCAGUAUCGACGCAAGAUCACCAAAUUGGACCCAAGAUAUGACGGAGAAACUGUAAAGAUAUCUGUCCAGGGCGACGCCGUAACCUCAAAAGAAUACAUUGUCCACCGAUAUACUGCCCAAAGCCUAUCUACGGUUCCCCAGAGGAAAGGCAUUGAUUCUUCCGAGGUUAUGAUAGCAUUCACGUUCGACAGUGAAGGUAAUCCCGUAUCCAACACUCAAAAGGUGUUUGCCUUUCUUCCAGUUGAUGACUUUGGCUUCCGUUUUCUCAUCCAUGCGGAUUUUAUACUUGUAGCCAGUCGAGAGGGUCUCGAUGAAUCAAGCCCUUGGAACUGGUCUCUCAGGUACUCAAUCCAACUGGCCUUCGUGGACUCAAUCCGCCGUCUUGUUACACUAUCACCCACCCGGGAUGGGGAGGGUCUUUGCUACAUGUGGCCAAAAUACCUCCCUCGCUAUCAUGAGACCUCAGGGUUUUGGUAUGGUCUUCAUGAAAACAUGAUGAAUGCCUUGCGUGAUACACCUUUACUCAAAUCGCGAGCGGGCGGCGCUCUAAGAAAGCCUACAGAUCUCUACUACGUACCUGGAGAGUAUAGAUUUGAAAACGGAACUAUUUUCGACCUCCCGUCACUUUCACACUCGCACUUGUCGUUUAAGUAUGACAGCGUGAAGUCGGAGCUUUCCUUGAUCGGGGUCAACACUCUUGAUAUCAAUGAUCUAUGGCGAGAACUUUCCCAAUGGAUCAAUGAAGCUGGAGUUGGUGGUCUAAAGGCACAAUCAAUUGAGUGGCACCAAAAAAUCAGUUCGAUCUUCUGCAACCAACAAAAGCUACGAGAGAAGCUCCGAGAUUUGCCAAUUGUGCCUCUUCGGGAUGGCUCAUGGGUCAGGGCGUGUCAGGAUCGCGUCUUUUUUACUUCUACACACACCCAAGAGCAUGUGCCCACUGGCAUUGAGCUCUCUCUCGUGGAUAACUCUGUAUCUCAAGACUCAGAAAGAAGAAGAUUUCUAAGUUUCUUGGGAAUUCGAGAAUACAGCCCUGUUCAAGUUUGCGAAUUGAUUAUCAAACUUCACCAUGAUCUGCCCCCGGGGCCCUGCCGCACAGAAAUGGAUCUUGUAACGGACGCUCUUUAUCUUUUUGAUCAUCAGUCGUGUAUCAAUUACGAAGUUCCCAACAUUCACUUUGUCGCUAUAGAGGGCGGAAAAACCGUGCGAACUAGAAAACGCCAUCUAUACUUGGUCGACCCCGAUGUCAAGCCAGGCUUGAUAGCAAAAUAUCAGUAUAGCGCGUCAAGUCCACUCGUGGUGGUCUCUGAUAAGUAUGAAGCUGAGCUCUCCAAAGAUAGACCACGACAAGAGGCAGAGUCAUUUCGACGGUGGCUCCUUGGAUCCAGAUACAAAGAGUUUUCUACAAUCCCAGCACUUUUAUGUAAAAACGAACUAAGUGCCGAGUGGCACUUUCUUCGCAGCCACGACGUGAUGGAUUUGCUACAAGCCAUGAGGUUACAAUGGGACAGAAAAGGCAUGCUAUCCCCCAUCAUUAUCAAGGCUGCGGCGGAACUUCAAGUGCCCGGCUCAGAUGGCCAUUGCAGACCCCUACGUCGCCUAGCUAUCCCGACUACAGAGCUGAAGCAAAAAUGCCCGCAUCUCGACUUUGUGAGCCUUCCGAAUCCUGAGUGCAACUGGGGGUUUCUAUCAGUUCUGGGCGUCUUAACCACCUACAAUACAACAGCAACUCUACGAGAGCUCCAGAAGCUUGCACAGCUGCAAGUUGAAGAUGUGGAUAAGGAUGCAAUAAAAGGAAUCUACGAAGCACUGAACGCAAGCAUGCAAUCCGAGUGGAAGGAGAUACAAACAGCUUUCAUGGAAGAGCCCCUCGUGCUUGUUCAAAAACCCACGCCAAAAUGGUUAAGCCAUCUCUCCUGCGUCUGGGAUGCCCCAGGUGCUCUGAAGCAGGUCACAAAACUCAUCAAUCGCUACCCCACAUGCAGAAAGUUAUUCGUAUCCAUUCUGGGUGUGAAGCAAGCCGGCACUGGAGAUAUUGUAGAGGAACUGUGCUCCGUCCCAGAUGAAGGCGAUCUGCUCGUCCAGCGUUUCAGCGAGCUGUUCUUUCUACUAGAGGAACACCUUAUUGAUCAUGAAGGGCUGAGCAAAGAUCACAUCCGAAAAAUUCGAGAAGCUGUGGUAUUUCCUAUUGUGGCUGAAGGGGCAGGCGGUGACGAACAACCAAGUAUCACACGACAGUCUAUAUGUGAGGGUGAUUGGGUCGCUAUGCUUAGCAUGCCUGUAAAUGAUGUCAACUCUUUACGUCCCCUGUUUGAGGAUCUGGACUGCGAAGAAAGGUUUCUCUCUUGUGCUGUUGAGCAAUCAACUGAACUGAAAGGAACAUGUAUUCGUGACUUAUGCCGAGAAGAAGAUUUAGUGACUCGACUUGACUAUAUUGCGCUAGCAACAGAGCAUUCGGCACUCUUGGAGGAUCUCUCGGUGCAGAUGUGGUCAGUAUCAUCGAUUCUUACUAAAAGUCGACUGGGAAACAUCGAGAUCAGCAGUGAAGACAAUUUAACCACGAUCAAAAAUAAUGGAAAGGUCACAAACAUAUACAUACGCAAAGAUAUAGCCAUGGCCAUGCAGUUCAAAGUCGAUCUUGAAAUACUGGACUACUUCUAUAGUCUAUUGAACGAUGUCAACAACGCCAUGCUGAUUGCCCUCCUCCUCAAAGAACCUAUUGUUCAACUCCCCAGCAUCCUGGAGCGAUAUAAUAUUGAAAUACCCGAUAACACGAACAAUGGAGAUACUGGCAAUCAAGAAAGUGACGACGAGGACCAAGAAAGCACCUGUGAAAAUCAAGACAGUACCGACGACGAUCAAACAACGACAGCCUACUCAGUCAGUGAUUCUGACAGGGAGGAACUGAUCCAGAGCGGUGACGAAAGCCAGUUGAUCGAUCUUGCAACAGAAUUCGGGAAUCUUAGGAUUUCAUCAGCACCAUGUAGCAAUGAUACGAAUUGCACCACUCCAGAAAGCUCGCCUCGACUUGUCCCACGACACGAAAUGAUUCCCUCUCACGAUCCAACAAGCCAAGGAACCACCAAAAGACCAACCGUAUUUCAUUCAGACGAGACCCCAGUUGCGAGAACUCCGAGAAGUACUACUCAGUUACAAGGAGUACUCGACCAGCAUGUUCCAACACAAACAGCAGAAACCACAUCUGAGAGCGAUCUUUCUUUGACUCAGCAUUCACACCUAGAGACUGCAUUCUACCAGAAUAUCCUCGGUUCAAAUAGCCCUAGACCCGAACAUUCUCCCAGAGCCUUGGGAGUUCCAUCUAACAGAUAUAGGGAGAUUGGGUUCCUUGGGGAGCGUUUCGUUUAUCGUAUGCUUCAACCUCGUAUCAAGGAUUGGACAUAUAAGAAUUGGACGAGUAAGUUGCGAGUCGAGGCUGGGCAUCCUCGAUUCACUGAGCGUGAAAAGGACUUCUCAGACUUUACGUACAAGGAUCGCUUUGGUCACAUGAAGGUAUUGUUACGUGAAGCUGGCGUAGACGUAGUCACCGACUGGUCUCACGACACGAUGUUUCAUCUUGAGGUCAAGGCAACACUAGGUCCUUGCAGUGAGCCAUGUUUCGUGUCCCAGAAUCAGCUCGACAAGGUGUGA